AUGGACUCGACGGGUCCUCCGCUUGAAUCGAAAAAAGACCCUUCUGUUAAACCAUAUCAGCCUCUAUUACCAUUUCCAGGCCGAGCUAGACAAGAUAAGCAUGAUGUUGAUUAUCAAAAAAAUUUGGAACACAUCAAAGCCCUUCAAAUUAACAUGCCCUUUACCGAGGCGGUUGCACAAAUGCCAAAGUAUGCCAAAUUCUUAAAGGAGCUCCUCACAAAUAGAAAAAAGAUGGAAGAAAUAAAAGAUGUAGUUUUCAAUGAAAAUUGUUCAGCUGCCAUGUUGAACAAAAUGCCUAAAAAGAAAGGUGACCCAGGUAGUUUGACAUUGCCUUGUCAAUUCGGAAAUUUGGCAACUAUACACGCAUUAGCGGAUUCGGGGGCAUGUGUAAAUCUCAUGCCAUAUUCGUUCUUUAAGAAAUUGGACCUUCCGGAGCCAAGGCCAAUUCGAGUGGCAAUACACUUAGCUAAUAAAACGGUCACAUUUCCAAGGGGAAUAUGCAAGGACCUAUUGGUAAAAGUUGAUAAGUUCGUGUUCCCCACGAAUUUCAUAGUUCUAGACAUGGAAGCGGAUCCUCAAGUCCCGAUCAUACUUGGGAGACCUUUCCUCAACACCGCGAGUGCUAUAGUAGAUAUGCGAGAUUCCAAACUUACCGUUCGGGUGGGAGACGAAUCAGUGACAUUUGGAGUAGAUCAAGCAAUGAAGCAUGCAAGGUUUAGUGAUGAUACCGCGUUCUCGGUAGAUAUGAUGGACAAAUUAAUAGAGGAUUGGAAAGAGGAAAAUGGGAGCAAUUGA